UAUUCCACUCCGACACUGUCAUUCCAUUCAAUGGGUGGGACCAACAGUCAUGCCAUUUCGCUCUGACUUAUUCAGCCCUCUCUCUAUCUCAACAACAAGAGCGAAUGAGAGAGGUAAUCCAAAUUGGUGGUGGAAAAUGGCGUGAAAAGAAGAGGAACCACAGCCAUGGCUUCCACAAGAGGCCCACAGUGUCCGUGCGCACAGUGGGCCGGCCUUUGGUGCCUCUUAAACCAGUAAAUCGGGUUUCGUCUGGCAGUAGAAUGGCGGUGAACAGACGGACAGACAGAGAGAGCUAGAGAGAGAGAGAGAGAGAGAGAGCGGGCGCGAGUGAGGGAGAGAAGAAUGCAAAACGGAGACGGAAAACAGGUUCGCUUGCGCCGAGAGCUCGCGUGCUCGAACAUAACAAAAGCACGGCUCGAAUGGAACGGUUCUUCGGUGUUCGCAUCGCACUCGUGAGUCAGAGUCAGUUUUUCCGUUGAAGUCUCUCUAGUUUCCCCGUUUUCUUCCAACGCCGGUUACGCGUGAAGCUUCGCGUUGUGUUCCCAACAAGCUCCCCCCCAUAUAACCCCAUAAAUAACCCAAAGAAUGCGAAUAUAAGAAAGCAUUGAAAGCAAAGUGUGUGAGAAAUACUCCCAAAAAAGAGAAAGAAUAUGUGCGAACCGAGUGAAAGUGUUGCAAACUGAAAAGUUUUUAUCAGAAACCAAGAAAACCUCCAACAGAAAUCGGAGAUACUAGAAUAUACACAGUGGUGCUCCGGUAGAAGACCAAGUGGUGCUCCGAAAUAGAAAGGAGAAGACGCCGUGAAGACCAGGUGGUGCUCCCAGGCUGAUCCGUCAGCAUGAGCUCAUUCCUCAUGGGUUAUCCGCAUGCCCCCCAUCACGUCCAGAGUCCCAUGUCCAUGGGCAAUGGUCUGGAUCCGAAAUUUCCACCCGUGGCCGAUGACUAUCAUCACUAUAACGGUCACUAUUCGAUGACCGCAUCCACGGGUCACAUGAGCAGUGCCGUCGGCGGCGGUGGCGGAGCUGGUGCACUCGGUGUCGGUGGUUCGGUUGGCGGGGUGACAGGUGGUGCAGCGGGGAUGUCUGGUCACCCGCACGCCAUGCAUCCGGCGGAUAUGGUCAGCGACUAUAUGGCCCAUCACCACAAUCCCCACACGCACUCGCACACCCACCCGCACUCGCACCACCACAGCAAUAGCGCGUUGUCCGGCGUCCAUCAGCCAUCCGCCGGUGGCUACAGCACCAACUAUGCCGCCGCCACACCGCCCGCCAGCCACCAUCCGCAUCCUCAUUCGCAUACGCAUCCGCACGCGCAUCCACACCAGAGCCUCGGAUACUACGUCCAUCAUGCACCCGAGUUCAUCUCCGCCGGAGCCGUACACUCCGAUCCGGCGCCGCUUUCGAAUGCCGGCUACGGGCCGUCGGUGAAUGUCCCCAACAGUGGGAGCGGCUCUGGAGGAGCAGCCAUCGCCAACUCCAAUGGAUACUACGGGGGUUACGGUGGAGGGUAUGGCCCAGCGAACGGCAGUGUGGGCAGCACUCACUCUCAGGGACACUCGCCGCACUCCCAGAUGAUGGAUCUGCCGCUGCAAUGCUCCUCCACAGAGCCACCCACAAAUACGGCACUGGGUCUGCAGGAAUUAGGUUUAAAACUAGAGAAACGCAUCGAAGAAGCUGUACCUGCCGGACAACAAUUGCAAGAACUGGGAAUGAGAUUGCGCUGUGAUGAUAUGGGAUCCGAAGUGGAUGAUAUGUCGGAAGAGGAUCGUCUGAUGCUGGAUCGAUCACCUGAUGAACUCCUCUCCAACGACAACGACGACGAUCUGGGGGACUCAGACAGUGACGAUGAUCUGAUGGCGGAGACUACCGACGGCGAACGGAUCAUCUAUCCCUGGAUGAAGAAGAUCCAUGUGGCGGGUGUAGCGAACGGCUCGUAUCAGCCGGGCAUGGAACCGAAACGCCAACGCACCGCCUACACACGACACCAGAUCCUGGAACUGGAGAAGGAGUUCCACUACAAUCGCUACCUGACGCGACGGCGACGCAUCGAGAUCGCCCAUACGCUGGUGCUGUCGGAGCGUCAGAUCAAGAUCUGGUUCCAGAAUCGUCGCAUGAAGUGGAAGAAGGACAACAAGCUGCCAAACACCAAGAAUGUGCGCAAGAAGACGGUCGAUGCCAAUGGCAAUCCAACACCGGUAGCCAAAAAGACCUCCAAGCGCACCAGUGCCAAGAAGCAGGCGCAACAGCAGCAGCAGCCGAAUCAGCAACAGCCACAGAACUUGCCACAAUCGCAGCAGAACCAACAGCAACAGCAGCAGCAGCAGCAGCAGACUCCAGUGAUGAAUGAGUGCAUCCGCUCAGAUAGUUUGGAGAGCAUUGGCGAUGUGAGCUCCUCGCUGGGCAAUCCUCCCUACAUACCAGCGGCCCCAGAAGCAGGGAAUGGCUAUGUCGGAUCUCAGCAGCAGCAGCAUCACAGCAACAAUAACAACACCAACAGCAAUAACAAUAAUAAUAACAAUAGCAACCUCAACAAUAAUAACACAAAUAACAACAAUCAAAUGGGUCACACGAGUCUGCAUGGGAGCCACCUUCAGCAGCAGCAGCAGCAGCAGCAGCAGCAACAAUCCGAUCUCAUGACCAAUCUGCAGUUACACAUCAAACAGGACUACGAUCUGACGGCACUGUAGACAUCGCAGGACUAUGUGGUCCUGUAGCUAAUGUAAAUUUACCCACUUCCUUUGUAAGAUCUUUGUGUUUGUUUUCUUUUUCUAAAAACGAAAACCUUGUGGACUCUGAACAAGGCCAAGGACAAAUCGGAAUAUACAGUGAACAAAAAUAGUUAGUUAGACUAAAGUUAAGCAUCGACCAUUAGGCAAUCGAACCCCCCACUUAAUCCAAAACCCCCAACCACCCCACAAACAAAUGUUGUAUAUGUACUUAAGGCCCCCAAAAAUCCCCAAGAAUCAGGUAUAAGAGAGAGUUUUUUGUAUAAAGCCUAGAAAGAUUUGUCAUAGUCAUAAGUCGAUAUAUUUAGUACAUAGGAUUGCAUAUAGUAUGUAUAACUAUGAUUAUUAUUAUUAUUAGAUGUAGUGUGGCAUUUGUUGUGCGUCGUCUAGAUGAAUGUAAGUUCGUAC